AUGAAAGCGGCUCAAGAUCGCCAAAAAUCCUACGCCGAUUUGGCUAGAAGGCAAGUGGAUUUCUUGGUUAGGGAUAAAGUUUGGUUGAAAGUUGGAAGUUUAGCCUAUCGCCUGGCGUUGCCCUUGGAAUUGGAGAGGGUGCACGACGUGUUCCACAUAUCGCAGCUCAAGAGAUAUGUUCACGACCCAACUCAUGUCUUAUCAUCGGAAGUGAUACCGCUAGAUGAGGACUUGACCUAUGAGGAAAGGCCGCUCAUAAUUUUGGAUUUCAAGUCUCGGGACACCCGUAGGAAGUCUGUAAAGAUGGUGAAGGUUUGGUGGACGCAUCACGGGGUUGAGGAAGCUACUUGGGAGCUGGAGUCCACCAUGCGAGAGCGGUAUCCAGAGUUGUUCUCAGCAGGACUCUGUGAGCAGCUUGUAAAUGUAGAUGAGUGGGUUUUUCCAGAAACUGAGACAGCUGCUGAGUGGCAAAGCUGA